GCGGGGCCGUUGGAGGGCGGGGACCGGUUUGAGCGCCCGCCGCCAUGGAGGGCGGCCACCCCCGCUCCCUCUGGGAUUGGACCCCAGCGCAGGCCGGAACCCCUGAGCUGGCAGAGCUGAAGCAGGAAUGCCUGGCCAGGGGGCUGGAGGCCAAAGGCAACAAGCAGGACCUCAUCAACCGGCUCCAGGCCUACCUGGAGGAGCACGCUGAAGAAGAAGCCAACGAGGAGGAUGUGCUGGCAGAGGAGAUAGAGGAGGAAGAGCCGAAGCCGGCGGAGCCGCCCGUGAAGGUGGAAGAGGCUCCGGUGAAAUCCCCCGACGUGAUCACGGAGAAGAAGGUGGUGAAGAUCACAUCUGAGAUAUCCCAGAUGGAGCGGAUGCAGAAACGGGCCGAGCGUUUCAACGUCCCCGUCAGCCUCGAGAGCAAGAAGGCGGCUCGGGCGGCACGGUUUGGUUUGGCCACAGCUCCCACGAAAGGCCUCUCUGCAGACAGCAAACCCACGAUAAACAUGGACAAACUAAAGGAGAGGGCUCAGAGGUUUGGGUUGAAUGUCUCCUCACUCUCCAAGAAGAGCGAGGAGGACGAGAAGCUGAAGAAGAGGAAGGAGCGGUUUGGGAUCGUCACGAGUUCGGCCGGGGCUGGAGCCACAGAGGACACAGAGGCAAAGAAGAGGAAAAGAGCAGAACGGUUUGGGAUCGUGUGAGGCCGUCCCGGAGCUCCUGCCGUGGGCAUUGACUGAAACCCUUCCCCUGGUGAAGACUCGACGUCCCAGGAUUUUAUUCCCCGUGGGAUCCUCAUCCCGGAGCGCUGGGAAGGCCCUUGGGAGCAGCAGGGACGUCCCACCCCGGGCAUUCCAGGGCUCCCACCCCAGUACCAAGCAAUAGUUCUACUUUUUGUAACGUGGAAA